AUGGUGGUGGAGGUGAUUUGUACUCAACCUUUGGAGAUGGUGAAUAAUAUGGUGGUGGUGGAGGAGAAGUGUAGACAUAUGGUGGUGGUGGAGACUUGUAGUCGACCUUUGGUGAUGGAGAGUAGUAUGGUGGUGGUGAUGGAGAACUGUAGACAUUUGGUAGAGGAGGAGUGUUGUAUUCUAUUUUCGGAGUUGGUGAAUAUGAAGGGAGUGGUGGCAAGCUAUACGUGA